CAUGGUAUUCAUGCAGUUCAUAUUAACUGUGUAAAAUGGAAGGAAGAGCUUGAACACAUUUGUUCGAGUUAUUAUCUUAAACUGCAGGCAAAGACGUCACACAAGCUACCUCCUUAACAAACAACGCCCUGAGAGAAACAAACUAUGAAUCUUAGAACAGCUGCAACAGGCUUUGUAGCUUUCCUUCUGUCAGUACCAGCAUUACAGGGUAAUGAUGACUGGGCAUUUACUUACCCAUCAAGUAAUAUCUGCGCUUUGAGAGGAUCAACAGUUGAAAUCCGCUGCAAUUAUAAAUACCCUUACGCAAAUACAGUGGAGAAAAUACUGUGGUUUACUAAUAAACACAAUGAGCCAGUUGAUCUGAAAGAUGAUACAGACUACACAGGUCGUGUUGAAUACAGCUGUUUUAGGCACAGCUGUUACAGGUAUUCCAGCUGUACUGGAACGUGUGAACUGAUAAUCAAAGACCUGAGACAGAGUGACUCUGCUGAAUACAAGUUUAGGAUUACAACAAACAAUGGAGGGGCAUUAAGUGGUCUCCCUGGAGUGAAGUUAUCUGUGACAGAUCACCGGAUGGAAGUGAUCAUUCUUCCUAGGCCUACCAGUCAGAACUGGUUAGAGCUGGAAUGCCACAGAAUGUGUAAUUUAACUGGUUAUCGUACGUACAGUAUGUACACUAACUGGUACAGGAAUGAAAUUCAACAACGACGUCAAGGAUUGUCCUAUCGGUUCUACAUUAACUCUGAAUACAGGGUUUCAUGUGCUGCUACAGGUUUCAAACAUCUCCCCUCUCCAUCAGUGUACGCUCCAGAGACCCCCUCAGUGGGAGGGACUCCCCCUGGUGUAAUAAAGGAGGGCAGUUCAGUGAAUCUGACCUGCACCAGCGAGGCCAACCCAGUAGCAAAGUACACCUGGUCCAAGGUUACUACAGGUCAUCCCCCCGGACACAGUGUCCAAGGACAACAGCUUUCCUUUCAUCCCAUCCAGUCUUCAGACUCUGGACAAUAUCUCUGCACAGCUGAGAAUGACCUAGGGACAAAAACUUCCUCCCCAUUCUCUAUUGAUGUGAAAUACGCUCCAAAGACCCCCUCAGUGAGCGUGAGACCCCCUGGUGAAAUAAUGGAGGGAGGUUCAGUGACUCUGAACUGCAGCAGUGAUGCCAACCCAGCAGCUGACCACACCUGGUUCAGGGACAACCAACCUCUGCACUGGGAACCAAGGCGACCUUAUACCUUGGACCCAGUCAGCUCUAAAGACAGGGGAACGUACCGCUGCCACGCAGAGAACCAAUAUGGAUAUCUGGGCUCCAACUCGGUUUUCAUAGAUGUCCUGUAUGCUCCAAAGACCCCCUCAGUGAGCGUGAGACCCUCUGGUGAAAUAAAGGAGGGUGGUUCAGUGACUCUGAGCUGCAGCAGUGAUGCCAACCCAGCAGCUGACUACACCUGGUUCAGGGAACAUGGAGGCUCAGUGGAGGAACUAGGAGAGAACUACACCAUCAGUAACAUCACAACUGAGCUUGGAGGAAAUUAUUACUGUGAAGCUCGUAAUGCAAUUGGACUUCAGAAUUCAACUUUGAUGUUUCUUAAUGUGACAGCCACUCCAUCGUCACCAUCAUCAGGGCCUACAACUGUGGCAGCAGGAACUGUAGCUGUUUUACUGGCCACCAUGCUCCUCGUCAUCUUCCUCUGGAUGAGAAGAAAGAAGGCUUCUAGGAAGGCACCUGACCAGGGAGGAAGGCCAGAUACCAGGCAGGAGUCUCCUCCGUGUCCUGUGUAUGACAACGUCCCAGCUCUGACCAAUCGCUCAGCUUCUGCAGCACGGAGAGACUCAAUAGAAGAGCAGGAUGACCCUCACUAUCCCAGCAUCCACUUCUCUCGCUCUAAGAACCAGGAAGUUCCUCGUGGGUUUGCUGGUGCUCUGGUAAAGUCUGAUCAUACAGAGCAGGUCCUUUACUCUGCCAUCAACCUUAAAAGACCCAAGGCUGUCCCUGAGUAAGCACUCCUGAUAGUUCAUCCCAACGGACAGUUUAUGGAGGCAAAGGCUUAUAUAUCCUUUUAUGUGAAAAUAUGUGUGCCUCAUAAAUCUUAGUAUGUAGAAAUGUACGUGCCUUUUAUAUCUUACAUCAAUCUUGGGUAUCUUAUAAACAUAUACCUUAAUAUAUCUUAUUAUGUAGAAAAUAAGAAGCACUCGAGAUGUCUGUGUCUUCAAAAUGCUAUCACUGGUAAACAGCGCAUGAACGAGGGAGACAUGGGCUGCAUGAGGGGGCCACUGUGAGGUAUACAAAGGAACGCGUGUCUCUGUAGGCCCCAUGAUAUGACCGACAUACGUCGACUAUAGCGUGUGAUCCUAAAAGGAACACAACCAUAUUGUAAACCUAUGAUGGCUGAACAUUUGUUGAGAAAAUGUGUGGAAAAUCAGACUGCUAGAUCACAUCGGACCCCCACCUCUUUUGGGCGUAGACGAAUGCGGGCCUCUGCCUAAGAGGAUAGUGUUAGAGACACAGAGAGAGAGAGAGAGCUGAUCAUCUUCUUAGGGUGGGGGCCGUGUGAUCCACUUUCCUCUGCUUUUCUGCUCUUAGAACUGGACACUGAACAGUGUCCGGGGAACUUAGCAAUAGCAUUUCAUCUUAGGAACUCACCACAGCCCCUUAGCUUAGUUUAGCUGGAGAGUCUAUGUUCGUAGCCGCUGAAUAAGUGGACCAACACUCGGAUAUUGAGUCCAUUCUAUCUUAGAUUUAGUUUAGAAUUCUAUCCUUGUAGCCAGGGGCGGCCCCAGCACAUUUGGCGCUCUAGGCGAGCUUCACUCCUGGCGCCCCCCCCCCUCCGCAAAAAAAAAAAAAGAAUAAUAAUAAUAAUAAUAAAAAAAAAUAAAAAAAAAAGUUUGUUAAUUCCCCACGAAAACCGAAUUGCAACCUUGAAAAACUGUUUUGCCCUGUAACUGCAUUUAUUUCACAUAAACACAACAACGAUCGCAACGAUGAACAAACAUUAAUUCAAGAAUAAAAUCCACGGAGGAAAAAAUUGCGCCCCGGAUGGCUUUUGCCUCUUCAUUUUCUUGAUUUCGUUCUUGAUUCUCGAUUCUUGAAAACACUCUAACCAAACGCCUUAUAGUACUAGCAUGUUCUGGCGAAACCAAGGAGGUAGGUUCCCCUUCCGUUUUCGAUUUUUGGCUCAUUUUACCCUAAUGUUAGAUUUAUUUUUUUUAACGUCAAAAUAUUGGUUGGAGAUAUAUAAGGGGUGCAAAAAUAUGCGCCAGGAGGGAAAGACUUUUUUUUUUUUUUUUUGGGCGCAUUAUUUUGCGCUCCCCCUCUAGAUGGCGCUCUAGGCGGCCGCCUAACCCGCCUGUAGGGAAGGCCGCCCCUGCUUGUAGCCGCUGAAUAAGUGGACAACACUCGGAUAUUGAGUCCAUUUUAAAUUAGGAUUUAGUUUAGUUUAGCUAAGAUCUGUCCCUCAUUUAAUCUUGUUUAUCUUACUUACUUAUCUUUUCUUAUCUUAACGGGCACUCGCUCAAUCUAUACUCAAUUGUAAAAGAUAUUUUGUUUAUUAGACCAAAAUAAAUCUACCUGACUACAUUUGUAGUAGGUUAACUUAUGGUUCGAGUCCUUUUCCCUGUCAACUCAUCGGCCCGACAAAGCAGACGACCCCUCACGGUAAGUGGUGCAUGAUACAAGGAGUGGUUGAUACUGACUGACGUGUAUAGAGGGCAACAAGGCAACGUCGAAGAGUUUUUAAUAAUAAAAAAGGCGAAGGAUACAUCAGGACAUCGUUGUGACCAGGGACAUUUUCGGUGGCCGAAUAUUCGGUCCAUCCCUACCUUCCACCAACUCCUUAAAUACAGGUUCCUACGUAUGUCACUACAUCUCCCCCUUUAAGGGAAGUACCAGCAUGUAUUUUGUUUACCUUGAAUAUUAAUAAUUAAGAGUAAACACACUCUCCAUCCAGUAUAACAUUUAUCUUCAACACUAGAAACAUUUAUCUUCAACACUAUAAACCUCUGAGACAAACUCACUUGUGUGGCGUUACAUCCUUUAACCAAAACCAAGAAAACAGAACAUAUAUUAAUUAUUAUCAUUCUGUCUAGGGGUGAGGGUGGACUACCUGAUUAUUCUGCCCUGUGUAACCACGCACCCUAACUGUAUAAGACUGGUGAUUACAAGUCCAUCCUAUCUGGGUCUCCUUUGCAUGAUGCAGGUAAGUUUUCCACUAUGUUGUUGAUGUACAUCCUGACAUCUGUCUCAAGCUGCAUUUCCCCCUCUGUAGGUGGGGUUUCCUCUACCUAAACUUCCCCCUGCCUCCUUACAUACAGGUUUCUAAGUAUGUCACUACCAAAACCACAUGUGAAACUUCUAGUUGUUGUUUUAGCUGUUCCUGUUAAUCUAGCCCUGACACUCUGAUAACCUUCUGCCAAUAUGCAAAUAUAUUUGCCAAAAGAUUCGUUUUUGAGGGGGAACCAGCAAGCACGACUAUGUUAUAAUUUAGGAUAGUAGUGCUUCAGGGUUCCGCAAAAUCAAAUCUGUUUCUGUGGAAAAAUUCUCGUACGCCUACAAGUUAGACUAUUGAUGUCAACAUUGAGAUCUAGGUUGAGAUCCUCAGCACAAUCAAGAGGACAAAAUGACAGUCUUCUGCCAGGGAGCAGAAUGACCAGACGGAGUGCUGGAAGCAAUGAUGAGCACCUUCCAAGCAAAUCAAUAUCUAUUUUUUUUCCGACUGUUGGAGGCCCCUAGCAGUGGUUAGAAAAAGGAAUACGUUUAAAGAAUCUUGAGUCUUGAAGUGAAGCCUACAGCAGCUUGAAUUUUGGGACCACUAGCCACCACCAAAAAUCACCAAAUGAACAAGAAACUUUUAUAAUUUUAUAAAUGUACUCUUCUAUCCACUGUUCCCAUCGGUCACUUCCUGCUUCUAUGUUUGAAAACGCCGCAGCUCUGACCAGUCAUUCGGCUUAUACAGCCCAGAGAAAAGCAAAGGAAGAGCAGGAUGACAAUCAAUAUCCAACCAUCCAAAUCGAUCAGUUGGAGAACCGAAAGAGCCUUGCCUGUCCAAUCAGAUCAGAUAGACCAACUCGUUUACUCUCUGGUCAACUAUCCAAGGCUGUCCCUGAGUAAUUCCCUUCUGAUACUAUCUUAGAUAUUCAACUUUUAACUUCUAAAUUCUGCUUUCCAGUGUAACUGAUAUUCCAAACAUUCUUCGUCUUCUUUUCAGGGACACCGAUCAAACCUCAGAGUUGUACAGCACACUUAAUUUAGAUGACAAGUGAUCAUCUGAAGGAGGCAUAUAUAGCAAGAAAGUAGUGCUAUGAAUUGAUCCUGGUCAAAUCUUGAAAUGCACAAGUCUAACCCAAGUUAAAAAACCUAGGAUAAGCGUUUAACUCUAUGGGUGUUAUAUCUACAUGCUAUUGUAUGAUUCAUUAGCCAUUUUGGGUGACCAGCAAACAACAUUCUGGCAACCACCACCACCACCCAAAUCUGAUAGGAGUGAGUGGGAAUGUUGUGUGCAAGACAAUGGGCCCUAUUUUAACGGUCUGAAAUGCAAGUGAGAAGCGCCAAGCGCAAGUAGCUUUGUGGUCGGUUCUAUGGCGAUGAUGCUAUUUUACCGGCGGAUAAAUGACUCUUGCUCCCGGCGCAAAUCUACAAAGGGUUGGUCUGAAGUAGCCUAAUUACCCCUAGGUGUGGUUUAGGCGUAACGUACAAUAAACCAAUGAGAGUGCCAUCUCCCAUCCCCUUUAACAGCAAUGAGCGCAUUUGAAUCUGAGAGUUGUUAUUUUGACAGCGCGUUUGCAGUCUCCGUUGAGACAGAUGCAUGACCACAUGAAUUUCAAACUUCUAAUGGCUCAGUUUAUGGCCAAAUAAUAUGGCCUAGUUCAUACAUGGAAUAGCGUUUCCUUCCACAACUUCAGUAAUAGGCUACUGAGUCGUCAAAUACAUUUCGGCAAAGACAACUUAACAAACAUGUGAAUGCGGUAGCUGUGGUUCUAUUUAAUGAUAUUCGCAAUCGCAUGUUUUGGACACUCGGGUUAAGAGAGGGGCGGAACUGUCAACCGACCACCAUCUGGUUGUGAGUUGGAUCAGGGAAUGGGGGAAAUUUCCGGAUAGACCUGGUAAGCCCAAACGAGUAGUGUGGGUGAAUUGGGAACGUCUGGAGGAGGCCCCCGUCCUAGGUAUCUUCAACUCACACCUCCGGCUGAGUUUUUCUGGCAUUCCUGUGGAGGUUGGGGGCAUUGAGCCGGAGUGGGCGGUGUUCAAAGCCUCCAUUGCUGAAGCUGCGGUGGCUAGCUGUGGCCUCAGGGUCUUAGGCUCCUCAAGGGGCGGUAACCCUCGGACACCGUGGUGGACACCGGUGGUCAGGGAAGCCGUCCGAUUGAAGAAGGAGGCCUUUCCGGGAUAUGAUAUCCUGGAGGACUUCUGACUCGGUUGCAGGGUACCGACAGGCUCGAAGGGCUGCAGCUGCUGCCGUGUCGGAGGCUAAGCAGCGGGUGUGGGAGAAGUUCGGAGAGGCCAUGGAGAAGGACUUUCGGUCGGCACCAAAGUGUUUCUGGAAGACUAUCCAGCACCUCAGGAGGGGGAAACGGGGAACCAUCCAAGCUGUGUACAGUAAGGAUGGGACUCUGUUGAACUCAACUGAGGAGGUCGUCGGAUGUUGGAAGGAACACUUUGAGGAACUCCUGAAUCCGAAUAACACGCCCUAUGUUGGAGGCAGAGCUCGAGGUUGAUGGUGUUUCGUCGUCAAUUUCCCUGGUGGAGGUCACUGAGGUAGUCAAACAUCUCCGCAGUGGCAAAGCCCCAGGGAUUGAUGAGAUCCAGCCAGAAAUGCUAAAGGCUCUGGGUGUUGAGGGGCUUUCAUGGUUGACACGCCUAUUCAACAUCGCGUUGGAGUCGGGUACAGUGCCAAAGGAGUGGCAAACCGGGGUGGUCGUUCCCCUGUAGAAAAAAGGGGGACCAGAGAGUGUGUGCCAAUUACCGGGGUAUCACACUUCUCAGCCUCCCUGGUAAAGUCUACUCCAAGGUG